AUGGCUUCUAAACCAGGGAUUCUUACUGAAUGGCCAUGGACAUGGCUUGGGAACUUCAAGUACCUUGUGCUGGCUCCCGGGAUAAUACACUCCACAUACUCGUUCUUGGUGAAGGAUGAUAAAGCAAGAUACUUAGCGCCCUUCCUCGUAUUACCUAUGCUGCUAUCAAGAAUGGUGCACAACCAAAUUUGGAUCUCGUUUUCUCGUUAUCGUACGGCCAAAGGGAAUAAUAGGAUAGUCGACAAGACAAUCGAGUUCGAGCAAGUCGAUAGAGAAAGAAAUUGGGAUGAUCAAAUCAUACUUAACGGGAUCUUGAUGUACUUGGGGAUCGCUUACAUCGAGUCGGCUCGAUACAUUCCAUUGUGGAAUACGGAUGGAGUGGUCUGGACAAUUUUAUUACACGCGGGCCCCGUCGAGUUCCUUUACUACUGGCUGCACAGGGCUUUGCACCACCACUUCCUCUACUCCCGCUACCAUUCGCACCACCACUCGUCCAUCGUCACAGAGCCCAUUACAUCUGUAAUUCAUCCGUUUGCCGAGCAUAUUGCUUACUUCCUGCUCUUUGCUAUACCGAUGCUCACGACCUUGUACAUGAAGAAUGCUUCCAUUACUGCAAUGGCUGGUUAUCUGACUUACAUUGACUUCAUGAACAACAUGGGCCACUGCAACUUUGAGCACAUCCCCAAAUGGCUCUUUUCAGCAUUUCCUCCCCUUAAGUACAUCAUGUACACACCUUCGUACCACUCACUGCAUCACACCCAGUUUCGGACAAAUUACUCACUUUUCAUGCCAUUCUAUGAUUACGUGUAUGGCACAAUGGACAAAACUACGGAGUCGCUAUAUGAAACCUCGCUUGUUAGAAAGGAAGAAGAACCUGAUGUGGUGCAUCUGACUCACCUCACAACUCCAGAAUCCAUAUACCAUCUUCGUCUCGGAUUCGCGUACUUGGCUUCCCAGCCUCACAAAUCCAAGUGGUACUUGUGGUUGAUGUGGCCUGUAACUGUUUGGUCAAUGUUGAUCACUUGGAUUUACGGUCGCACUUUUACUGUGGAGAGAAAUGUCUUCAAACAAUUAAAAUUGCAGACAUGGGCCAUUCCCAAAUACAGCGUGCAGUACUACAUGCAGUGGCAGAGAGAAUCAAUAAAUACAAUGAUCGAGGACAGCAUAUUAGAAGCCGAGAGCAAGGGAGCUAAAGUGUUGAGCUUGGGAUUAUUGAAUCAGGAAGAGGGCCUUAAUAAGAACGGUGAGCUUUUCUUGAGAAGGAACCCUAAGCUAAAAGUGAAGCUGGUGGACGGAAGCAGUUUAGCCGUAGCUAUCGUGCUCAAUAGCAUCCCGAAAGGAACAACUCAGGUCGUCCUUCGAGGGAACCUGUCAAAGGUUGCUUAUUCCAUUGCCCUUGCCCUAUGCCAAGGAGGUAUCCAGGUGCACGCAAUGUGUGAGGAUGAGUACAAUAAACUUAAAGCAAAGCUAAGUGAGGAAGCCGGAGAAAAAUUGGUACUCUCCAAAAACAGUUCUCCUCAGACAUGGCUAGUGGGAGAUGGACUGAGUGAUGAAGAACAGCUAAAAGCACCAAAAGGAACUGUCUUUAUCCCGUUCUCACCAUUUCCUCCAAAGAAGAUGCGCAAGAACUGCCACUACAACAGCACACCAGCUAUGUUGGCUCCCAAGCACCUGGAGAAUGUCGACUCUUGCGAGAAUUGGUUACCAAGAAGAGUGAUGAGCGCGUGGCGCAUAGCUGGAAUACUGCACGGCAUGGAAGGAUGGGACGUGCAUGAGUGUGGAAAUAUGAUGUUCGACAUUGGAAAAAUUUGGCUAUCCAGCAUUAAGCAUGGGUUCCGUCCUCUCACAAACGUCACGGACUCAAAGUUAAAUUAG